AUGGAAGCCAAGUCAGUUGAAGCCAAGAAGCAAACUUUAAGAAAUAAAAAAGAAUGGGCCUUGUUGUCCGGAGAGGCUGAGCCUGAGAAUAAGCAAACUAAAAAGACUAUAAUUGGUUAUAUUGGUGAACGUGAAGGGCAGGCUGUGCUGCACACUGCACUCCCAAUAUUUUAUGGCCUCUGUCACGUUCAUGGCCUUGCUGUGUGGGGAAGAGAGAGAAAAAGGGGUGGAGUAGAUCCUAAUGAAACGAAGCGUUUUGAAUUUGAGAAGAUAGCGGAAGGUAAGGGAUUCGAUUCAGUGUUCGCAUGGCGUUGUCGUGUUCUUCCUCCGUCAACUGAAGCUCAAGGGACCCUUCCCACUCCCAAUCACCUCCCUUUCCUCUCUCCCGCUCCGCCAAUUCCACCAUUCAUCGCGGCAUUCUCUCGCUUCCGUACUCCACACCCAUUCCCCUCUUCCUUAGUAGGCUUUGGUUAG